AGGUUUCUCUUUCUCUCUCACACACACAAACAGAUCUACAAGUGCCUGCCGCUUCCCUUCGUUAGGAAAGCCCUGCAGAUUGGAAGCUGGGGGUUUCAAGUCGGGUGUAGUAACGCCCCUCCUCGGACAGAGCCUGAUAUAAACCAGCCCCGGGAACGGAGUGCUAAGAACUGUUGCGUGUAUGCUCUGGUAGCCAUACAUCAGGUCGCAAUGCUCGCCCCUUGCCUGCUGACCCUCGCCUCCUUCCUCCUGGAGGCCGAGGGACAAAUGUCGUCGAGUUUCUCCCGCAGCCUGAGACGGGAUGGUCGCUGCAUUUACUCGUUCAGCGUAGCCGGGCCAGCCGAGGACGCUUGCUCAGAGCCCGGGGAGGCUCUGGCGGCGGUGAGGGAGCUGCGGAGCGAGAGGGAGGGCCAGCAGCGAGAGCUCGCCGAGCUGGCCGACAGGCUGCGCCUGCUGGAGAGCUGGGUGGUCCGCUCCCAGGGCCAGCUCUCCGGGCAGCAGGGGGAGAGCCUGAACAUAUUGCAGAGGCUGCAGGAGCUGGAGCGGGAGAACAGGCAGCUCCGAGCCGGUCACUGCCCUCGGAUCGGCCGGGAAUCCCGACAAGGCGCCCAAAGUCUUACCGGAUCGUCCUCUCGCCAAAGAACGCAGCCUGAUGGACGUGCGUCCAGUUGGAGCUUCGAAAAUCGUGGGUUUCAAGAACUGAAGUCGGAGAUCACCGAGAUCCCAGCCUCCAGUUUGAUCCAGAGGAGCGAUCCGGGCGGCCAGGACACAGCACCAGACAGUUCAGUAGGUUGUGGAAUGCUGGAAUGGGUGGGAGAUCCAGUUACAUUCCAAAAAGCAGACUCCAUCCUCGGCAAGUAUGGAGUUUGGAUGAAAGAUCCUGAGCCCGUACCACAUCACACCAGGGACACUAUCUGGAGAAUCAACACUGUUGGCACAGAUGUUCGGCUUCUAUAUGAAUACAAUGACAUGGAUCAAUUUGUGAAGGGCCACCCCAGCAAAGUAUACGUGUUACCAGAGCCAGUGGAAAGCACAGGAAGUGUCAUUUACAGAGGCUCCUUGUAUUAUCAGAAACGCAAAUCAAGGACCUUAUUGAGAUAUGAAAUGAAAACAGAGACCAUUUUAGUUCAAAAGGACCUAACCAAUGCAGGUUAUCAAGGGGUGUACCCAUACUCCUGGGGUGGCUACACAGACAUAGAUUUUGCUGUAGAUGAGAUGGGGCUUUGGGUAAUUUAUAGUACCCAUCAGGCUCAAGGAGCCAUUGUAAUCUCCAAAUUGGAUCCAAAAACUCUGCAAAAAGAGCAAACGUGGACAACAACUAUACGCAGAAGAUCAGUUGCUAAUUCUUUCAUGAUCUGUGGGAUUCUCUACACUCUAAACAGUUAUUCCAAUCGCCAUGCCAUAAUCAAUUUUGCCUACAAUACUAACACAAACACCAGCAAGGUGAUGAAUAUCCCAUUUGAAAACCGUUAUCGAUAUAACUGCAUGACUGAUUACAAUCCAGCAGAAAAGAAAAUCCUGGCAUGGGACAAUUUCAACAUGGUCAUGUAUGACAUUAGGCUUUCCAAAUUAUGAAGACCUCAAGAAUAUCUUUGGAGAAGGAACUUAUUUUAAAAACAUAUAUAUAGAUAAUGGCUAGUUACAGCACAAGCAGCAAUUUGCGCAUUAAUCCAAAGCACGAGACAAGCCUGUGAACCACAUACUAAAAUGAUUUAAACAACAGAAAUUUGAACAGCCAUGAUCCAAUGCUAAAUGAUUAAGAUAAUUCUUGAAAAUCUAUAAAGUAAUUGUUGGAUUAUGCACAAAUAAUAUCUGCAUUCUUGACUGCAGUUUCACUACAAACCAAUCUGACAGCAUACAAUAUAAACUGAGAACAAGAUGUUUGUUUAAAAUGCAGCUCAAUUACAUCACUUAAAACUUGAGAGUAGGGAAUGAGUCUGAGUCUAUCAACACUUGCUUAAAAAAAGAGUCCAACCAAGUAGUUUGGUUUUUUUUUAGAAAAUGGGACAGUGCAUGAAAUUGUAAACUUGGCUUCCCCCAAAAAGUGCCUGUUUGAAAUUAACAUUUUUUUUAUAAGCCCUUGUUUUAAUCAUCUCUGGAGCAAAAAUAAACUUGAUAAUAAACAAUAUUCAAAAAA